AUGAAAUUAUCAUUUUGUCAAUUACUUUUAAUUCAAUUUAUAAUUAUAAAUUUCUUUCAAUGUCAAAAUUGUCAUGAUCUUCGCAACAAUAAGAAAAACAUUUAUAAGAAAUUAUACGAUGCCACACAACGAACAUUAGGAUCAUUACUAUUUCCAGUUUGUCAGCAAAUUUUAUUUAAUACAAAUAAUAUACAAUCUCAAUAUAUAUCUUCAAAAGGUUUAUCUGGACGUGUCAUACCAGUUGGAACAUUUACAGAUACAGUUUUAGCUUUAGAAUAUCUAUAUGGAAUCCUUUGUCCAAUACAAAAUUCACUACCACGACCAGUUGUCAUUCAAGGAACUGAUUUAGUACAUAUUGCGUAUGACAAAGAAUAUUUCAUUACUCGAAGUGAAUUCAUAGCUAAGUUAACUGGUGGUAAACGAUUAACUUUUUUUGUAAGUAUGGCUUUUGAUAAAAAUUUUAAAUUAUGUGGCUAUGAUGGACAAAUACGAAAUCCUGGAUUAACAUUAGAUGCAUUGACAGAGGCAGAACGUCAAUUCAGAAUAAAUGUCGUGUGUACUAUUGCACAACAAUUUUGUAAUGGAACAUUACAACAAUAUUCAAGUAUUGAUGAUUGUAAACAAUAUUUAAAGGCAAACGUUCCUUAUGGUACAUUUGAUAGAGGAGAUCAAGGAAGUGUUACUUGCCGCGCUGUUCAUACAUAUUUUGUUCCUCUAUUACCAUCUGUACAUUGUCCACAUGUGGGUCCAACUGGAGGAGGAGCGUGCACAGAUAAAACAAUUGAUUUUUAUUAUAAUCAACCAAAUUUUCUUGGUUGUGCUUAUAAGCCACAUUAA